UUUCAACCCCAGAGGGCGACACACUGCGAGAGUAGGCCGUCGGGUUCCAACAUGGCGUUUACAUUUGUCGCUUUUUGCUACUUGCUGGCCAUGAUCUUGGCUGCUGUUUUGAUAUUCUUUGCCAUAUUCCACAUUAUUGCCUUUGAUGAGCUGAAAACUGACUACAAGAACCCUAUAGAUCAGUGUAAUAGCCUGAACCCGCUUGUACUUCCAGAGUACAUCAUCCACAUCUUCUACAAUGUACUGUUCUUGAUUGCUGGUCAGCUAUUCACAGUAGCAUUGAACCUCCCCCUUAUGGGAUAUCAUAUUUUCAGAUAUGCGAACCGGCCUGUAAUGAGUGGUCCUGGUCUGUAUGAUGCUACUACUAUCAUGAAUGCAGACAUCUUAUCAAGGUGUAUGAGGGAAGGAUGGAUAAAGCUUGCCUUCUAUCUUCUAUCGUUCUUCUACUAUUUAUACAGUAUGAUCUAUGUCCUAGUUUCAUCAUGAAGUCAAAUGAGGUUGCGCAACCUAUAUCCAGAUGUAAACCAGGAGAUUGCAAGGACAUUGGUAAUGGGGUUAAGAUUAGGAAAAACAUUGUAUGUUAAGAGUGCUGUUUUCACAAUGGUUAUACAGGUACAGGGGGAGGGGAAUCGGUGUCAAUAACAUCUUAAAUUAUCUUUCUUAGCCUGUAUCAAAUUUCGGUAAAUCUAGAUUGCAUAAAAUGCAAGCACAAACAUCCAUGAUAUACAUGUACUAUUAAAUUGAUUUUAUCAAUGUUACUUCUUUGUUUUUUUCAAGUCCAGCCAUUGUACU